AUGCGGCUUAAAGUUAUAUUACCUCUGCUUUUCUUCGCCAGUAUCUCUGGUGAGGACUUUGAGUUGCCCAUAGUAAAUAUAGGACAAGGCGCUGUGCUCGGUUCUCAUGCUCACGAUGGGGAAUAUUUUACGUUUUACGGGAUCCCUUAUGCCGAUUCUACGUCAGGACCUCAUCGGUUUAAGGCACCAUCAUCACCUCCAAAAUUUGAAGGUGCCUUUGUAGCGAACAGAAGAGAUGUAAAAUGUGUAAGACCACUUGGAGUGGGCUAUGAAGGGACAGAGGAUUGUCUAGUAGUUGACGUGUUAACGCCUAAUCUGGAUGCUGCAGCUCAACUACCAGUGAUGGUCUGGGUGAAGGGAAAAGAGUUCGACAGUGAAUAUAAUCAAGAUUUUUCAUUCCGUAAUUUCGUCCAGAAAGAUGUCGUUGUAGUUUCAAUCAACUUCCGUGAAUCUAUACUAGGAUUUUUAUGUUUGGGCACUGAAGUGGCUCCGGGAAAUGCUGGAUUGAAAGAUAUCAUAGCCGGAUUGAAAUGGGUAAAAGAAAAUAUUGCUCAUUUUGGAGGAAACCCAGACGAUGUUACUUUGUUUGGUCAUGGUAGUGGUGCUGCUGCUGUUGAUUUGGUUACUUUGUCACCCUUAGCUAAUGGAUUAGUACACAAAGCUAUAGCACAAAGCGGUAAUGCAUUUGCUCCAUGGGCUGUAACCCGUGACAACUUAAACUAUGCCAUUCAAGUAGCAGAGGCUCUUGGACAUAUCGUGACGAACAUUCAGGAACUCUCCGAAAUAUUUACUAGAACCAGUGUAGCUGCACUUAUGGCCGUAAUUAAUGAAUUGGAUCUUACAGAUAACUCAUUGGCGUUUGCUCCAUGCUUAGAACGAGAAGCGUUGAGUGUAGAAUCAUUUAUCACUAAAUCGCCCUACCAAACAAUUUUAGAUGGAGAAUUUUUACAAAUACCUUUCAUGACUGGGUUUGUAGAAAACGAAGGUACAAUUCGUGCCACAGAAGCAAUAGAACACGACUGGUUGCAAAGAAUGGAAACUUCAUUUCCAGACUUUCUCCAACCGGACUUACAAUUUGAAAACGCAGAGGGAGAAUCAGCAAUUGCAGAGGAAAUAAAAGAUUUUUACUUCAAAAACGAACUUAUAAGUAUGUUCAAUAUUGAGGACUACCUAUCGUAUCAUGGUGAUACAAUGAUACUAGUGUCAACAAUUAGAGAAGCUCGUAUUCGUGCUGCAAGUUCAAGUUCACCAGUUUAUUUAUAUCAGUUUUCGUACAGUGGAUCUUUAGGAAAACCUUUCGUUGGACCUAUUCAAGUCGACGCAGCUGCACAUAGCGAAGAAUUGGCCUAUAUGUUUUAUGAAAAAUCGGAUGAUAAUAUCCCUUUGCUCGAUCUUACAAUUGGAGAUAUUUUAGUCGAAAGAUGGACAAACUUCGCCAAAACUGGGGCACCGGUAAGUGAGACUUCUCAGGUAGUGUGGAGACCUUUUACCACCGAAAACAACCAUUAUUUAAGAAUCCUUGAUGACAGCGAAGUCCGAGGUGAUCAAGAAACUACACUGGAACUGGAUUUACAAAACCCUUAUCCAGAAACACUAUUAUUCUGGGAGGAAAUUUACAAUGAACAUUUCUUGGAUGCCAGAGGUAAAUGGGAACUAAGUGAAAGGACUGAGGGAACCGAAGACGGUGAUGAAAACGGAAGUGGAGAAGAACUUCCGGAAAAUGGUGGAGAGGCCGACAACGGAAGUGGUGAAGAAGUAGACGAGGGAAAUGAAGGCGAGCCUGAAGAAGACGAGGGAAAUGAAGGCGAGCCUGAAGAAGACGAGGGAAAUGAAGGAGAGCCUGAAGAAGAUAAUACACCCGGAUCAGCAUCAACGGCUAUAGCUUAUACGUUUCCCAUACUAACCGUGUUCGCGCUCAUAAACAAAUUGCACUUAUCUCAGAUCAUGUCUUAAACCCAGUAGAUAACUUCUUCUACUGAUGUAGUUUAACGAUAAGAAAGUUAGAUGAACACUUCAUUG